AUGUUUCCCCCUACCCUUUUAGAAUUAAAGGCUAAUAAGCCGACCACGAUGAUGCUAGCCUCGCCUCCAUCCCUCAUCCCUCAACAGGGUAUCGAAAAAGCAAAACCUAAAUCCGUUAACUUACAACUCAACAAGCUGAAAUACAAGAAAGCUUGGGAAUUGGCAUACAGUCCUGCCAAAAACAUCCCAAUGAAUCUGAUAAUGAUGUACUUCUCUCCCAACUCCCUUCAAAUUAUUUCCAUUAUGAUGACCAUCAAUCUGUUCACUACACCCCUCAAAGAUAUAUUCAAUUGCAACGAAAUAUUCGAAAAAUCGGUAGACGUAUCCGUGAUUGACACUUACGACUUGAUCAUGAUGAAAUUGUUCUUUAUUGUUUGCCAUUUCGGAACAUUGCUGGUUGGUAUGUGGAAGCUGAACAAUAUGGGAAUCAUUCCUACAAAGGCAGAUUUCAUUGGAUCUAUAAACAAUACUCUAGAAACGAUAUAA